GCUUAGAAGACUCACUCUGAACAAAACAUAGUUGGAGAGCGAUGUAACUGCUGUCCAAGUUGUCCAAGACAAAAAUGAAGUGAUAAAGAAGGCCCUCAGAAGAAACUACUGAAACAGAUUCCACUGCUCGAGCAAUUACUGAACAUUUCCGUUCGGUUUCGCUCCUCCACAGCUGCUGCUUCCCGCCCGGCGCUGACAGCUCUGUUUCGUCGUCAAGAUGAUUUCCGCCAGUCUGGACCAUGGGGCGAGCGGCAGCUCGCUGGCGAUCGGUCAAUCUUCGUCGCCAAACAAGGAGUCGGGUAUCAAAUGUAAAAAUGUCUGGGUCUGGAAGAAAGCAAGGUUGUCAUGCUUGUCUGGCAUGCCUCGAGGAUCUGUGUUGCAUAGGCACGAAAAGGUCCUCUUAUCUGUCAUGCAAAAACGCAGUUUGCCAUGCGGAAUACGUAACACAUGGCAGCCAAAAAAUUGUCAUGCGUCGCUGCGUAUUGCAGUGUGUCUAUCGUUCACUUUUAGCAUUACAAGUUUCCAGACCCAGACGUAUUUGCAAUCCAUAUCGGGGUUUGACGAGCAAUUUCUGUCGAAAUACGUGCAGCAGCGGGAUGAAGCGGCGGAGGCGGUGCAUCUACAAAGCGCGGACGAAGACGCAGCCUUGAAUCUGGUUAGAAGCAGCUACUUACUUGCCUGCUAGUUUUGCAUUUUUAUAUGCAGGAGAACUCAUGACCAUGACCUUGACCUCAUGUAUGAAGCGCAUAAACUUAAACAUGCAGAUUCAUGUUCAUCUUUCUCCACGAAUGCUCUAAGUACUGAUCUCGCUGCUUCUAUCGUCACACGAAGAUGUUGUAGUACAAACUACCUUCUUCAAAACUACAGGGGAACGACGCUGGUUCGAACGCCGAUAGUGAAGAGGAACACGGUUUGAAUGUCGAGCGCAAACUGUGCCUGUUUCAAACCCCGGCCAUACAGCAAACGCUGCUCAAGUUCUGGCGCACGCUUCUGAAAACCGCAGCGAGUAAGGAACAGAGGGAGAGGGAUAGGGAGGCAAAGCAGUCGGGAAGGGCUGCUACUCCAGUGGUGGAGUCGAGCACGAUUGGGAUGGGUAAUUUCUUUGUGAGGUCUGUUCUUGACGUCGUGGUUGUCGUGUAUCCUGUUCUUCACACCAAGAUCAAGCAAAAUCAGUCGCGAUUAUGCUACAAAUGAAUUCAACAGAUACCUUCCUCCAGUUCAAUAUCUUGCUCCAGCGCGUUCUCCUCCAAGAGCAAGAACUCGACUUAAGUACGGCCCGCGCAUCUGCGGUUACAGACUGGCUGGAGUCGACUACCAUCGUAGCCGCGGAUAACACUACUUUGACGUCGGACGAUUCCCAAUCGCAUCAGUCGAGCAUGGAAGACCAACGUAAUUUAGGAGUUUUGUACGCUUGCAUACCUCCGAGAUGAUUUUUUGAUGCAAGCUGUCCUGCAUUGUUUUCUAUCAAUCUUCAACAUUCGACAGAAUCCGCCAAUCGUUCUACUGCAUCAAGUACUGGCACGGCUGAAAUUGAAAUCAAUAAAGUACGCCUUAAAGGUCCCAUCGACGAACGGCGGAUGACGAUCGACCAAUUUGCGCUUUUUCUGUUUGACCUGACCGUGAUCUGGUGUCACUUGAGCUACAGUUCCUUCCUCUUCUUCCUCGGCACCCUCUUCCUUCACACGACCAGCGCGGACCACUUGGAGACGGUCGAAUUCAAAUUGGAGGACGUGAAAAAAGUCCAGCCCUUGCCGCAGCAAUUUUUCCAGAUGGCGGCGGAUGACUUUGAAUUUCCGACCAUCUCCUCCAGCAAAGUGGUAGGUGUAGAUCAACACGCCGAUAGUCCUCACGCCGGGUUCUUUGAGCCGUCCCAGUCUACUACGGAGCAACUGCACACUGGCAUUGGCGGGAUUCUAGUCGGCAAAGGCGGGGCUUCGUCGUCCACAUCUCUUAGCUCGCCCAGACAGUCGAACAAGUCCAUGACAAUCGCCGCAGCGCCACACUUACCCAGCUCGCUGGCGAACAGUCGUGCGUUUUUAGAAGGACAAGGAACUACAACAGCAGCUGACGCGGGGACUUUUUCACAGCAGAACUUGUUUUCUGCGGCAGUUUCAACCACCGAGGUCUUCGGGGCGGGAACAACUAGUCAACAACAACAGCACACCUCCCGGAAGCAGGUAGAGCAGCAGCUACAGGAAGAACAACUGCUCCACGACGAGCAAGACGAGGCGAAGCAGUUUGAGAAAUGGUACCAGAUGAACUUCCAGACCGAGGUAUCAAAUACGAAAAUGCGUGGGUCUGGAAGAUUGCGAGAUUUGUCAUGCUUGUCUGGCAUGACCAAAAAGUUUGCGAUGCGUAUCCAAGAAGAGACUCUUUUGCCUGUCAUGCAAAAACGCAGUUUGUCAUGCGAAAAAGAAAAACGCAACACAAAGAAGCGCAGAUAUUUCUCAUGCUUGGCUGUGCAUUACAGAGCAUUCAUUAUACCCAACGCAGCAUUACGAGUUUCCAGACCCAGACAUUUUUGCAAUCCAUACGAGGACGAAACGUUAUUGUUCGUGCAACGGCAGAUGUUCGAAGUGACCAGGGAUAUCCGAGCGGUUUUUCUCUUCCCCGGACCAUCCGGCGGUAAGAACAACAAGCUGACGAACCGCGCACGGAUACUGGAGCUCUUGGACGCAGCAAAGAGGCUGCAAAUGGAUUUGGAGAAAAUUGCGCCGGUAUAUUGAUUUGGAAUGAUAAUUUGUGAGACUGAGAGUGAGCGUGAAGGGACUCCUCGUAUGAAGAAGCAUGCUCAUGGUCAUGAGCACGGCGCAUUUUAUUUAGAAUAUGUUGAAUGACCCAACAUGACCAUGCAUUGGAACUAGAAGUGGGAGUUGUCGGAACGGUAGCUGCUGCUUGAUGAUCAUUCCGUCCUUUCAGGUCAAGGCUUCGGCGCUUCUCACCAGCGUCGGUCCGUACAACCGGGUAGAGCGGGCGGCGGCGAUGAAACAGUCCAUGUCUUCCCCUUCCACUAGCCCGGGAAAACAUCAUCAACCAGUCGCAACAUCACCUGCGAGUCCUGGCAAGAAACAUCAAGAUUUCAGCCUGAUUCCGAAAUCCCUUCGCCCCGGGGGCGGCCGAAUGCCACAGGACAAAGACCCGCACCCCUUCUACCAGACCCAAACGGAGGCGGCUGGCAUGUACUUUUCCCAGGCGAAGAGACGGCCGGACAAGUACUUGGUGGUGGGGAAAGUCGAGGACUUCCGGCGGCGAAGGGCGAGCGGUGCGGCUGGCAACGUCAACAUGUUUCAUCAACAACCGAAGGCCGGGGGGUCAUCAUUACAUCAUGGGACUGCUGCAUCAAGUCCGGGGAAAACGAAGUUGUCCAGCUUGCACUCCGGGCAGGAGAUGAGCAGCACGGUCGCCGAUAGCAAGGGGAAACGGACCAUGCUGGUCGAGACCGGCCACGGGUGGCGAUCCGGGUUUUCCACCACGCAAAAUGAACUGCCCCUCGGCGUGCCGCAGCGGUUCGGGGCGCCGGAGUUCCUGCGUUUCCCCUCGCAGGAUGACGUGGAGCAGUGGAACCGGCCCAGGAGUCACAGUCCACCAAAACUCAGCAGCAGCGUCGGGUUUCAAGUUCAACGCCAAAAUCCCACGAGCGGGAGUGCAGGUGAAGCAGCUGCUCUAUCAAGUACAACUUCUAAGGUCAACGCUUCUACUGCUGCGCUUGCCCCUGCUGCGAAACUACACGCAUCCUCCGCCGACAAACUUUUACCUGCAGUGAUGUCGCCCACAAAAGAGGCAGAAACGGUGCGGGACUUCGUGGCCAGGUUUGAAGUGUAUUUGCGAGAGCAAGGACAGGUGGAAGAGCCGUUGCCGACUUACGAUCUGCCAAUAAGGAUACCAGAGGUGAGUGGGAGAAUUUUGGCAGCGUGUUUUGUCAAAAUAUUCCGUUUUGUUUUGCAUAGAUUUUGGUUCGUAUAAUGCUUAUGCUAUGCAUCCCAGAAAUGCGUUGUACCCCACCCAAAUCUAUCAGGUUUAUUCGAACCAGCUGAAACCUUGGCUCGCAACGAAAGCGGACGAUAUCCUUUACUGGGUCAAGGGACAGGAGGAGCAAGUGGUGGAGAAAACGCGGAAAUUCCAGUCCAUUCAGGGGCUCCCCGGUCCCCUGGCCAACGGCUCCGCCACUGUGUGGAGCGACAUGCGGGCGCGCUUGGCCCGGAUCCUGGCCCGGGGCGAGAAGCGAGUCGAGCGGAAAAAGAAGAAGAAGCAGCCGGGCGCGAAAAAGAAAAAGCGCGAAAUGGCGGAGCAGCACGGCGGGACGGAGAAGAUGCAGACGUUUGUCGUGCCAAGCAGCGUGAAUGUGAGCACUGGUGCGGGUUCUGCUGCUGGAGACAAGAGUAACAGUGCAGCGGCUGCUGGUGCUGCUAAUAAAAUGAACUAUCAGCAAUUCGCGGACGCGAAGGCGCAUAUAAAUCGCCUCGCCGACCCACCAAAUGCUGCGAGCAAGGGGACCAGGAGAGGUACUGUAGUUCUUCCCUUCGUAGAAUCGAUUCAUUUCACAAAUUUUCCGCCCGAAGAGGAAGCAGAACUUUUUUGCUUUGAGACGACUCUGUAUUCAACAUCAACAUUCAUUGUGCAACUACAACACCAGGUCGCGGCGCCGGCGGGCCGGACAAGAAACUGCCGACUUGGGUUAAAGACCUCCCAGGGCGCGAAUUCGCGUCGUUCCUCGCCCAGAAAGUGGUCGAUGAGCAGAACCUGUUGCAGAAUGUGUCACAGGCAGAAAGGAUACGCAUUUCGCCGAACGAUGAAGAGAUCUGCAGUCCGGGGAUGCCGACGCCGAACGAUUUGCCGUCGGUUUUGUGGAAGCCCGGGGAGAGCUAUGCUUGAGUAAUUAAGCGAGGCUUUUCGUAAUUUUCAACACGCACUACCCCUACGGUCCGAAGCAAAUUCAAAUCAAAUGCUAACGUUAUAGAUACUACUAGGAUGCAUCGAAACGAAACACAAACAAGCUGCUGUCAAAAAUGAUCCAAUUGCGAAGGAGAGCAAGAUCGAACUACGAGCGCUCGACAGCAGCCUGAGGUCGUAGAAGCUAAAUGUAGAAUUGAUGAACGCAAAAGAAGAACAGUAGGACUAGCAUUGUGCCUACGCUGAAUGUAGUCUCGGAGGUUUGCCAAGUUUCAAACAAUAGCACCACGAAGAAGAAUAGGUGAAGAAAUUAUCUCGUUGAAGAUGUUGUACUUGUACAAAUGGAUUUAACACGAACACGAUGGCCAAAAGAAAAAGCCUAUGCGGCCGCAAAGAAAACCUGAA